GCCAACCUCCAACCGUCAAAAAAAAAAAAACUCCAAACAACCCGCACCUCUUCCACACCCUUUUUUACCUUUUCCCCCCUUUGCUGAUAUUAUACUCCUUCUCCCCUUCUUCCCCUAUCCGCCUCCGCCGUCAACAGCCCGACUCGGCGACGACCGACGACUCGCCGCCGGCUCGGCCGCCUCCUGCCUCCCCACAUCCGCCGACAGUCCACGGACCCCGCCGCCGCCGGCCCCGCCAGCCCGGAGGCAUUCGCCGCCCCGCGCCCGUCCAACAGGUUUCCUUCGCGGGCGAGGACCAGGCGUGAUCGGCCCAGUACUCCGAAGUGGGGGCGGUGCAUUGGAUGGUCUCGAUCCGCGCGGCUCCCUGCUGACCGCCUGCCUGCUGCGAUGGAGGCGGACGCCCGCGGCUCGGCGGAUCACGUCGCCACCGCCGCGCCGCCGCUCAAGACAGAUGAUGGUGCUGCGGCUAUGGCCCCCGCGCCGCCGCUCAAGGCAGAGGAUGGUGCUGCGCCUAUGGGCCCCGCGCCUCAGAUGGGCGAUGAAUUGACUUCUUACAACAACCCACACACGGAGGAAGACGAAGAGAAACCCGACCUUGCUGUCAAAUUGGAACACGCGUCUGUCGAGGCUGUUUCCGUGCCCUUCCAAGUCAAGGUUCAGAUUGCUGGGGAGAAGGGCUCUACAACGGAUGAGAUGCCUGUGAUGACCAUGGAUGAUGAGGCUGUUUCCGUGCCCUUCCAAGUCAAGGUUGAGAUUGGUGACGAGGAGGGCUCUAGAACGGAUGAGAUGCCUAUGAUGAGCAAGGAUGAUGAGGAUUUGCUGGCCGAGUCUGACGAUUUGAACACUUGCCAUGUUGCCAACGGCGGAUUGCUGGGUAAGGCGCGAAUUGCUCCCUGCAGCCAAACAUUUUCUUCCAGGGAUGUACUAUGCAUGCGUGCCACAGAGGACAGACAGACAGGAAGGAGCCAACAUGAGUGGGACGGUUUGGCGGGUAACGGAGGCGACUGGGGUGGCAUGGCAGAGGUAAUGACAACCGAAGCCGGUCUAAAGAUGGUUUCUGAGGGAUUGUCCGAUUCGGUUAAGCACGGCGCCGAGCGAUGGCCACGUGGGGUUGAUGGCGCCGUAUUUAUGACAGAUGACAGUCAUGUGCUGCGACGAGGUGAUUCAAUGCCAAAAAUUGAACCCGAGGUCUCUGGCGGGUUACAUGAAGAUUCAGUCCCUUCUGUUGCUGGGCGCAUCGGUGUUUCAUUAAAUGGCAACACGGAUCGGGCUGGUGAAACAUCGGCCCCAGGAGUGAGUCAGUGUAGCAAGGAGGCUGAUUUGGCGGGUGAGGGAGUUGUUUCGUGUGACGGAGCAUUGCUCAAGACAAGCCUAGAUGAUCUGCAGGCGCGCUGCAGGGAACCACAUUGUUAUGCUGUUGGUUUUUCAAAUUCGGUAAAGUUUGAUAUCCAGCAGCUGCCACAUCACAUGGAAGCCAUGCUUUUGAAGAAAGAUGUUAAGCGCGAACUGGAAAUGGAUGGUUUGCUGCCAAAAAUUGAAGCCAAUGUAUCUAGUCCUGCGCAUCAAGAUUCAGUUCCUACAACUUUUGGGAGGAACCUUGCUGUUUAUUUAGAUGGCGAGGAUGGUGAAAUAUCUCAACACAAAACAGGCAUGGAGAAACUGGCUUCUGGCUCACUGGGAGGAGGUAUGCUGUCAGGUGAGAAUAAAUUUUCCACGAUGGAAGGGUGUUAUGCAAAUAAUAGGGGCUUGGGCCAUCAAGGUUUUUCUGGUAUCGAAUUGGGUUGUCCAGAUCAUUUGGCACUAGAGCACAAUGCAUGUAAUUUUGUCGCUGACAAACCUUGCUCUACUGUCUUUGCUGAAAAUGGUAACGAUGAAGAAUUGGAAAAUCAAAAUUCAGAGUCAUUAAGUGUCUCCAGACGUAGGAAUCCAAGAAGAUCUGCCUCAUCAAGGAAUCCUACUCUUGAGAAACAUGAUCAAAUAUGCAAAGGAAGCAAUAGUUCACGCAAAUCUAACAAGGUCGAGAGUUCUUGCUCACUAGUUGAAAGCACCAUCAAUAAGUUCCCCAAAAAAAUCACAAAGCUGAGAAGUGGCAUCAACAGACCACUGAAAUCUACUGCCUGGGGCAGUCUUCAAAAGCUAACAUGUGGUUUUGGCCUGAACGGUGAACCUUCUACCUCUAAUUCUCAUCUGGUCACCCUUGAAAACGGAAGGUCACAUAAAAGAUCUGGGAAGAAAGAGCAACCUAGUGUUCGGAACAGUCAAAGUUCAACAUGUGCAAAAAAUAAGUCCCCUCCCUUUUCUGCUAUGGGAUUUGCAUCCGAUGAAUUGAAUGGGCAACCUACCUUUUCAGUUACAACUGGUACUUAUGCCUCCUCAGAAGGUUACAUAGGAAACUUUCCAAGAUUGGAUCUUCGUGCUUUGGUCAAUGGUUCUGGCGAUGCUCACAAAACUGCACAAUAUAUGUCUAUAAAGACUGACUUGCAGCAGUUAGACAGGUGCUUGGAGAGUGCUACUCAAGAAACAUGCCCUGCAUACAUCUGUGGAGACUUUGCUAAAUCAACAUCUGAACCUUCUCUUAAUAUUGCCAGUGUUGGAUUUUCACCUGACUCUGUUUUGGAGGUAGCUUCUGCUACAUGUGAAAACAACACUUCUGACUCUGGAAAGAACCUUGCUUCAUCAUCAACAGAUUUGGAGCAGUGGGCCCAAACUGUGAGGGGGGAUGAGAACACAAGAAAUGAAGAGAUUAAUCCGUCUCACGCCAUAUCAGGUUUUAUUGGUAAGGGGAAAGUGCAAGUCUUAGAGAAGUCCAAUGCUGUCAGGAAAAGUAAAAAAGUGGGAAAGCAGGAACGGCAGAAGAAAGAUGGAAUGAAGGGAAAGAACAUAAAAAAUAGAGGAUCCACCAAAAGUCCUUCAAAACUUGGGGCCUUCUCUGAUGAUUCAUAUUCACUUGUUCCAUCAGUUCCUCCAAAGUCUGGUUCUUGUUUUGAGCUCGCAACUUCUGUCACACAGUGUAUCAGUAUGCGUGAACAUGAGAGUGUGCAGGGUCGUCCUGUAAUUGUCUGUGCACUUGACACCGUGAAAUCACAGAGACGGAAGAAAACUGAUGAUUCUGGAGGGAAGAAGGAUACGAUGUGGGAUCCAUAUGUGGAUGGAAAAGGCAUGAAUCAAAAAAUAGCAGGUGACAUUUUGUUUGAUUCUGGAUUGUCUACUUCACCUCCUCCAUUGGUUACUGACCUGGCAGCAUCUCAUACGAAUGAACAGAACGGGGCAUCUGUAUCACAACGACCACGUGCUGCAUGGGUAUGCUGUGAUGAUUGCCAAAAGUGGCGCUGCAUACCAGCUGACUUGGCAGAUACCAUUGGGACAACAAAUAGCAGAUGGACUUGCAAGGACAACCAAGACAAGACAUUUGCUGGUUGUUCGAUACCACAAGAGAAGACAAACGCUGAGAUUAAUGCUGAGCUGGAUCUUUCAGAUGCUUCUGCUGAUGAAGCUGACAAUGAUAGAUCGAACUCAAAAGCUUCUAGAGCACCAUCCUGGACACAUGUUAGGACAAACUCAUUUCUACAUCGUAACCGCAGGAAUCAAUCCAUCGAUGAGAGCAUGGUAUGCAACUGCAAGCCUCCUCAAGAUGGCAGAAUGGGCUGCAGAGAUGGCUGUUUGAACAGGAUGCUUAAUAUUGAAUGCGAAAAACGUACAUGUCCAUGCGGGGAGCAAUGUUCUAAUCAGCAGUUUCAAAGGCGCAGCUAUGCAAAAAUUAGCUGGUUCCAUUCAGGCAAGAAAGGCUAUGGAUUGGAGUUGCAAGAAGAAGUAUCAGAAGGACGGUUCCUUAUUGAAUAUGUUGGAGAGGUGCUUGAUAUAACGGCUUAUGAACACCGCCAAAGAGAUUAUGCUUCUAAGGGCCAGAAGCAUUUCUACUUCAUGGCACUAAAUGGAGGCGAGGUAAUAGAUGCCUGCACUAAGGGGAACUUGGGCCGGUUCAUCAAUCAUAGCUGCAGUCCUAAUUGUCGUACAGAGAAGUGGAUGGUCAACGGAGAAGUUUGCAUUGGAAUUUUUGCUACGAGGAACAUCAAGAAGGGUGAAGAAUUGACGUUUGAUUACAACUAUGUCCGUGUAUCUGGUGCUGCGCCUCAAAAAUGUUUUUGCGGCACUGCCAAAUGCCGGGGUUACAUUGGUGGAGACAUAUCAGGGUCUGGUAUCAUUUCCCAAGAUGAUGCCGAAGCAGAGCAUUUUCAACCCCUGGUCACUUACAAGGAUGCUGAGGAAUUGCUAGGAAAUGCGUAUUCUCGUGUCGCAGAUCCAAGCAUUGUUGAACAUGAAACAUCCAUCCAACGAGAAGACUCAAAGGAUGCUGAGGAAAUGCUAGGAAAUGCGUAUUCUCAUGUCGCAGAUCCAAACAUUGUUGAACAUGAAACAUCCAUCAAACAAGAAGACUCAAACAACUGCCCACCUGCAACCCCAGAUUCCGAACCUCACCAACAAACUUCGCCUAUCUUAUCUGACACUAGUGAGCCAGAAAAUUCUAUGGAAGCAUGGAGCCCACAGGAUACCGAAGAAGUCACCCGUACUCCUGUGCAUGUGUCCCGAAACAUAGAGAGUUCUUUACAGUUUCCAGUAUACGUCACUCAGCCAUUAGAGUUUUUGGAGAAGACUCCCAGCCCGAUUGAUGGACUGAUGGCUCCAAAUGUGAUGAAUAGAUCAACACCUAGCUCUGAUAUGGGGGGCAGCUUAGUACCUGGUUUCCAUGCUAAGAAGGAAAACAGUCUAAAACAUCAUAGAAAUGUAAAACUACCAUGUCCUAUUGAUACUGAGCAUACUCUGGGAGUUGAAGUGAGACUGAACAGCCUGCUGGAUCGAGAUGGAGGUAUCAGCAGGCGAAAAGAUUCAACAAAUGAAUAUUUGAGGCUUCUACUUAGGACUGCAGCGGAUGGUGAAGCUGGGGGGACAUCUAAAAGUAUAAGGGAUCUUGCAUUAAUUCUUGAUGCGCUCCUACAAACAAAAUCAGGAGCUGUCCUCUUGGAUAUCAUCAACAUGAAUGGAUUGCAAAUGCUUCAUAAUAUAUUGAAGCAGAAUAGAGACCAUUUCCUUCGAAGACCUAUAAUUAGGAAGCUUCUGAAGGUAUUGGAGUUUCUAGCUUUGAGGGGAAUCCUGACAGCUGAAAAAAUUAAUGAGGGUCCUCGACUUGCUGGAAUGGAAAGCUUCAGGGACUCGAUGUUGAAGUUGACCCGGCAUAGUGACAAACAUGUUCAUCCUAUUGCUCGAAAAUUCUGUGAUAAAUGGAUCCUUCCUUAUAUGGAUGGACCUGCAAACUGUUCUACACAUUCAUAUUCUGCUAGAAGAAAGCGCAAGAGCCGUUGGGAUUAUCAACCAGAAAGCCAUUAUAAAAAAACUGUGAAAGUUUAUUCUGGACAUAGAGAAUUGGAUCUUCAGACUAGUUUGAUUGGAAAUGGGUCGCAGGGGAAUCGGGUAACAAACAGCAACCAUAACGAUGUUCCUGUUGCAGUUGAUGAUGCGCCUCCAGGGUUUGGUGCAGAUGAUGAUGUGCCUCCAGGGUUUGGUGCAGAUGUGGAUGUGCCUCCAGGGUUUGGUGCAGAUGAGGAUGUGCCACCAGGGUUUGGUGCAGAUGAGGAUGUGCCUCCAGGAUUUGGUGCAGAAGAUGAUGUGCCUCCAGGGUUUGGUGCAGAUGAUGAUGCGCCUCCAGGGUUUGAGCCUCAACAGGAACAUCAGCCUGCACAAGCUCCUUUAGACUUGGGGGGUGCUCCAGGAUUUUGCCAGGAGAGGUAUCUGCCUAACUCGAGUACUUCGUCUGAAAUUCCAGUCGCUCUUGUUCAGCACUUUGGAACUCCAGAAGUUGAAGGAACCCAGUGUGGCCUGAAAUGGAAGGUCGCACCUGGUGUGCCUUUUAAUCCUCGAGGGAGUCCUUCUCCUUCCACUUCGUCAAUGCAUAUGCCUCAUCAUGAUGGAGCACCUGCAAUGAAACAAAACAGUUCAGGAUAUCGAGGAAGAGGUGCGGACAGAGGCGGAAGAAUACAUAGGAACUGGCGGAAUGGGGAAAGAACUAGAUCUCCGUAUGAUCAGGAAGGAAGGAGAUCCCACAGCAAUCAUCAUAGAUUAGAAAGAUGUGAGCCACCAAGGCAUCAGGAGCAUCAUGGUUCAGGGUUUACCGGCAGAGAAUGACCCAGUCCUGGCUUUGAACCUCAGUUAGUUCUAUGCAUGGUAACUCUUGUUCACAAGUAUAACAGAAACUGUGUUAGCUUUUUAUUCUAUUUAACAGGAGAAGUUCAUUUUAUUACUUGAAGAUAUGCUACAAAUAGGUCAUUACCAUUGCAGUUUUAUUACUAAUUUAUUUGCUCCUUAGAUUCUCCAAUGUGUAAUCUUAUAGGAACAAUUGAUUUGAUUCAUAUCUUACAGUCUAAAAUGGCUAAUUUUUCAUUGUCAA